GGAGUAGUACUGCCGGCGGGUCAGGGUUCGGUCCAACAUGGCGGUUCCUGUCGGACAGUGACCAAGGCUUUGCCGUAGGGAGGACUGAGCGGCGGUGGUAGGAGUCCCCACCUGCCAGGGUGGGAUGCAAAGCCUCGGGGAGCGCUGAGCGGAGGCAGGGACGGGCCCAGGCCCUGAAAGCCGAGGCGGCGGCGGCUACGCGCAGUCGGCUGCAGGCUCCGGAGUGGGGCCGCGCCCGGCUGGGCAGGCGGCGGCGGCUGCGGCAAGCUCGGCUCCGAGGCGGGGCGGAGGCCGGGCGCCCGGCUGCGGCCAUGGCCCAGUGCGUGCAGUCGGUGCAGGAGCUCAUCCCGGACUCCUUCGUUCCCUGCGUGGCCGCGCUGUGCAGCGACGAAGCCGAGCGCCUCACCCGUCUCAACCACCUCAGCUUCGCCGAGCUGCUCAAGCCCUUCUCUCGCCUCACUUCCGAAGUUCACAUGAGAGAUCCUAAUAAUCAACUGCAUAUAAUUAAAAAUUUGAAGAUAGCAGUAAGCAACAUUGUCACCCAGCCACCUCAGCCGGGAGCCAUUGGGAAGCUUUUGAAUGAUGUCGUUUCUGGCAGCCAGCCUGCAGAAGGAUUAGUCGCUAAUGUGAUUACAGCGGGAGAUUAUGACCUUAACAUCAGUGCUACUACUCCGUGGUUUGAGUCUUACAGAGAGACCUUUCUGCAGUCCAUGCCAGCAUCAGAUCAUGAGUUUCUGAACCACUAUUUAGCAUGUAUGUUGGUGGCAUCGUCUGGUGAAGCUGAACCUAUGGAAGAGUUUUCAAAGUUGUCACAAGAACAGCAUCGAAUUCAGCACAACAGUGAUUAUUCCUACCCUAAGUGGUUUAUCCCAAAUACACUUAAAUAUUACGUGCUUUUACAUGAUGUAACUUCAGGAGAUGAGCAAAGAGCUGAAUCAAUUUAUGAAGAAAUGAAACAGAAAUAUGGAACUCAAGGUUGCUAUUUACUUAAAAUUAAUUCUCGAGCACCGAAUCGAGCAUCUGAUGAGCAGAUACCAGAUCCUUGGAGUCAGUAUCUCCAGAAAAACAGUAUUCAAAACCAGGAAUCAUAUGAAGAUGGCCCUUAUACUCUGACCUCCAGUAAGAAUCCUGAUAGUAACUUGCUUUCAUUGGAUGGACUAGAUAACGAAGUCAAAGUAGAUGGCUUACCAAAUAACUUCAGAGUUCAUCCACUUCAAUUAGACCAAUGUGGUGACCUUCCUAACAACACCGAUGGCUCUGAUCAUGCAAAGUGUGCCUCUUCAGUACCAGAAACAAAGAAAGCCAGUGCUGGAGUGAUUCGUGGUGCUUGUUUAACACUUACCGAUCAUGACAGAAUUCGACAGUUUAUACAAGAGUUUACAUUCCGUGGCCUUCUGCCACAUAUAGAGAAAACAAUUCGGCAGUUAAAUGACCAGCUAAUGUCAAGGAAAGGUUUGAGUCGAUCUCUGUUUUCUGCCACUAAGAAAUGGUUUAGUGGCAGUAAAGUUCCAGAAAAGAGUAUUAAUGAGCUGAAGAAUACAUCUGGGUUGUUGUAUCCUCCAGAAGCACCGGAGCUUCAGAUCAGGAAAAUGGCUGACUUGUGCUUUUUGGUGCAACAUUAUGAUUUGGCUUACAGUUGCUAUCACACUGCAAAGAAGGAUUUUCUUAAUGAUCAAGCAAUGCUUUAUGCAGCUGGUGCCUUGGAAAUGGCAGCAGUGUCAGCCUUUCUUCAGCCAGGAGCUCCUAGGCCAUACCCUGCUCAUUACAUGGACACAGCAAUUCAGACAUACAGGGAUAUCUGCAAGAAUAUGGUGUUGGCUGAAAGAUGUGUGCUGCUUAGUGCUGAAAUUUUAAAAAGUCAAAGCAAGUACUCAGAGGCUGCGGCUCUUCUUAUACGGUUGACAAGUGAGGAUUCUGAUCUCCGAAGUGCACUUCUUUUGGAGCAGGCUGCACAUUGCUUCAUAAACAUGAAAAGCCCCAUGGUUAGAAAAUACGCAUUUCACAUGAUCCUGGCUGGCCACCGGUUUAGUAAAGCAGGGCAGAAAAAGCAUGCUUUGCGCUGCUAUUGUCAAGCCAUGCAAGUUUACAAAGGAAAAGGCUGGUCUUUGGCAGAGGAUCAUAUCAACUUCACCAUUGGGCGUCAGUCCUAUACGUUGAGGCAGCUAGACAAUGCUGUGUCUGCUUUCAGACACAUUUUAAUCAAUGAAAGCAAACAGUCUGCUGCUCAGCAAGGGGCCUUUCUCAGAGAAUAUCUUUAUGUUUAUAAGAAUGUAAAUCAGUUGCAACCAGAUGGCCCUUUACCACAGCUUCCCUUACCAUACAUUAACAGUUCAGCAACACGGGUUUUCUUUGGCCAUGACAGACGACCAGCAGAUGGUGAAAAGCAAGCAGCUACUCAUAUAAGUCUUGAUCAAGAAUAUGACUGUGAGUCAUCCCAGCAGUGGCGAGAACUUGAGGAGCAUGUUGUGGCAGUAGCUAAUAAAGGAAUAAUUCCAUCCAGUUUCUACCCCACACAGUAUUGUUUGAACAGUUACUCCGAUAACUCCAGAUUUCCUCUUGCAGUUGUGGAAGAGCCAAUUACAGUGGAAGUGGCUUUUAGAAACCCUCUAAAAGUUCCACUUUUGCUAUCUGAUUUGUCACUGCUCUGGAAGUUUCAGCCUAAAGAUGCUAAUGGGAAAGACACUGAAAAAGUUAAAGAACGAGUUACAGAUGAAUCUGAAAUGAUUGGAGCUGAAGUUAUUUCAGAAUUCUUAAUUAACAGUGAAGAAUCUAAAGUGGCAAGACUGAAGCUCUUUCCCCAUCACAUAGGGGAACUGCACAUUCUGGGAGUUGUGUAUAAUCUUGGCACUAUUCAGGGCUCCGUGACAGUAGAUGGCCUUGGUGCUCUUCCUGGAUGUCACACAGGAAAACAUUCUCUGAGUAUGUCAGUCCGAGGGAGACAGGAUUUAGAGAUUCAAGGCCCUCGACUUAACAACACCAAGGAAGAGAAGACAUCUGUUAAGUACGGUCCUGACCGACGUUUAGACCCUAUAGUCACCGAGGAGAUGCCGCUGCUGGAGGUGUUCUUUAUACAUUUUCCUACAGGGCUCCUCUGUGGAGAAAUCCGGAAAGCAUAUGUAGAAUUUGUCAAUGUCAGCAAAUGUCCUCUGACUGGAUUGAAGGUUGUGUCUAAACGUCCAGAGUUCUUCACUUUUGGUGGCAAUACUGCUGUUCUAACACCGCUAAGUCCUUCCACAUCUGAAAACUGCAGUGCUUAUAAGACGGUUGUGACAGAUUCCCCCUUCGAGGGUAUAGCACUUGUGUCAUCAGCAUCAUCUGUGGACUUUGGGACCGGCACAGGACAGCAGCUGGAGGCCAUUCCUGUCCCACUUCCUGACUCUGUGCUCCUUCCCGGAGCUUCUGUCCAGCUACCAAUGUGGCUUCGUGGGCCAGAUGAAGAGGGUGUCCAUGAAAUUAACUUUUUAUUUUACUAUGAAAGCGUUAAAAAGCAGCCUAAAAGACGACACAGAAUAUUAAGACACACUGCAGUUAUUUGUACUAGCCGGUCUUUGAAUGUGCGAGCGACUGUCUGCAGAAGUAAUUCACUUGAAGAUGAAGAAGGCAGGGGAGGCAAUAUGCUAGUCUUCGUGGAUGUGGAAAAUACCAAUACUAAUGAAGCAGGGGUUAAGGAGUUCCACAUGGUGCAGGUGUCAAGCAGUAGCAAGCACUGGCAGCUAUACAAGUCCGUGAACAUCUCUGAAAACAAAGAUGCCAAACUUGCCAGUAGGGAGAAAGGAAAGUUUUGCUUCAAGGCAAUAAGAUGUAAACAAAAAGAAGCUGCUGUACAGUCCUCAGAAAACUACACUUUUGCAGAUAUCACCUUUGGAAAUGAACAGAUAAUAAGUUCAGCAAGCCCAUGUGCAGAUUUCUUUUACCGAAGUUUAUCCUCAGAGUUGAAGAAACCGAAAGACCAGCUUCCUGCACAUCCUGAGAAACAUACCGCGAAGGAUGCUAUGAGGCUGAUUGAGAAGUGCAGUGAGGUGGAUCUGAACAUCAUCGUAUUAUGGAAGGCAUACGUUGUAGAAGAUAACAAGCAGCUUAUUUUAGAAGGCCAGCAUCAUGUGGUUCUUCAUACUAUUGGGAAAGAAGCCUUUUCACACUCUCAGAAACAGGAGCCACCAGAAAUGGAACUAUUAAAGUUUUUCAGGCCAGAAAACACUAUAGUUUCCACAAGACCAUCAGUAGAGCAGCUUUCUAAUCUCAUUAAAACAAGUCUCCACUACCCGGAGUCAUUUCAUCAUCCAUUUCAUCAAAAAAGUCUUUGCUUAGUACCAGUCACCCUUUUACUUUCCAACUGUUCAAAGGCAGAUGUAGAUGUAAUAGUUGAUCUCCGGCAUAAAACAACGAGUCCAGAGUCGUUGGAAACUCAUGGAUCCUUCACGUGGCUUGGACAGACGCAGUAUAAACUCCAGCUGAAAAGCCAAGAGACGCAUAGUUUGCAGCUGAAGGCAUGUUUUGUUCAUACAGGUGUUUAUAACCUUGGAACUCCAAGGGUAUUCGCCAAGUUAUUGGACCAGGUUGCAGUAUUUGAAACAAGUCAGCAGAACUCCAUGCCUGCUCUGAUUAUCAUCAAUAAUGCGUGACAGCUGAAGUUGCAGACUCAGUCGGACUUUGUGGAGUUAGUUCUACAGCAGCAUUUGAAAUACCCAACUUGUUAAGGAAGUUCUCUGAUCAUUGCAAAAUACUGGAACUUGGCACUUAGUUGACACACAGUAUGCUGGGCUGAGAAUGCUUAGGACCACCCCCCUUUUUUUUCUUCUUAUUUUAAACCUGGUAAUAAUUUACAGGCUUAUAAUACAGAAUUCAACGUAUCCAUACACCUUAUUAAGCCAUAUCUUAAAAAAAUGUCAAAGUCUGCUGUUGCAACUUGUCGAAUGGGUGUCACUCUUAGGAGGUGGUUUUGAGGAAAGAAAGGCCCUGCUGGCAAUACUCCCAGUAAGCCAUUAGUCUGACGAUCCAGCUUUACUGUUCUGUAGAGUGUUGAAUACAGAUUUUCCUGCCUUGCCCCAUACAAUUCUGUAAGAUCAGUUUUGAACUUUGAUUACAGGCAUUUGCAUUCUGUCUGGUGUCCUGAUGGCUUAUACAUAACUGUAAAAAGAAGCUUUUCUGAUGCUCUGAACAUAGUUUUGGAAGGAGUUUGACUUUAUUCCCUCAUUCAUCUCUUACUGUCACACUAUUUCACAAUAAGAUUUUUGUCAUUAAAUCAUAUUCUUUAUUACAUAACUUUAACAAUUAAGUUGAUCUGUUUAAAAUAUAAAUCUACUCAAGUUAAAAAUAAGCUUUUCAAAAAUGUAUUAUAUUUAUAACAAAUUUACUGUAAAUAGAAUAAAGACAUACUAUUCACUGUAUAAAUUUACUAGAUGCCUUUUUUAAAACCUGGCUUUGUGAGGACUUAAUAUAUUCUUUAUUUAAAAUAAAUGUCAGCCAUGUACAUUAGGCACCAGCCUAGUUUCUUAUGAAAGCUUCAUUGCCGUUGUUCAAAAAAAUGAAGCAUGGCCUUUGCUCUUGGAGAGCAAAUGAAAUAUUUCUUUGCACGU